CGGACCCCUCCUCGCUCUCGUGUCUGACGGUCACCUGGCUGGCCCAUAAAAGGGCCGACCCUGGCGCCUGCUGGCUGUUGCGUGGGAGAUAAGCGCUGUCAAGUGCAGCGGCCUCGCGGCCGGUGGCGGCCGUGCGAGCGUCUCCAAGGGCAAGGCUGACGACGCGACCAGUUCCUCCUCCUCCUGGCCGGCGGCACGCCCCGCCGCACCCCGCCACGCCCGUGACACAGUGGCGCGCUGACCAGGCCCGCCGGAGCGAGGCAUACCCCGGUGUCGCCAUGGCGUCCAGCCGACCACAGCGACAGCGCGGACGCGCCGACGACGACCACGACGACAUGGAGCGCAGCCUGCACGAGCGGGACCGGGUGGGGGUCCAGGAUGCCGUCAUGCUGGAGGACCACACGGACGAGCGGGCGUUCGUCGAGAACCUCAGGAAGAGGUUCAAGGAGAACCUCGUCUACACGUACAUCGGGCAGGUGCUGGUCUCGGUGAACCCCUUCAAGAACCUGCCCAUCUACUCGGCGCAGGUGAUCCAGGAGUACCAGAAGACGCACUUCUUCGACGCCCCGCCGCACAUUUUCGGCGUCGCUGAUACCGCGUACCGAUCCCUACGCGAGGAGCGAAAGGAGCAAUGCGUUCUCAUUUCCGGCGAGUCCGGAGCCGGCAAGACGGAGGCCUCGAAGAAGGUGCUGCAGUUCGUGGCCGCGGCCACGGGUCACCAGCCCAACGUGGUGGCCGUAAAGGACAAGCUGCUGCAGUCGAACCCCGUCCUGGAGGCCUUCGGCAACGCCAAGACCAACAGGAACAACAACUCGAGCCGCUUCGGAAAGUACAUGGACAUCGCCUUCGACUUCGUGGGCGAUCCCAUCGGCGGCAACAUUCUGAGUUACCUCCUUGAGAAGUCCCGAGUCGUCCACCAUGCCCAGGGCGAGCGCAACUUCCACAUCUUCCACCAGCUGCUGGCGGGCGCGGACGACCAGCUGCUCGCCAAGCUUAAGCUGUCCAGGGACCCCACCCAGUACCACUACCUGUCCAACGGGCACAGCAAGGCCCGCGACCUGGAGAUGCACAACGACCGAGCCGACUUCGCCGCCGUGUGCAAGGCCAUGAACACCAUGGAGCUGAGCCAGGCCGAUCAGGACGCCAUCCUGGCCAUCGUGGCCAGCGUGUUGCACCUGGGCAACAUCACCUUCACCGAGGUGGAGGGCGUGGCCACCGUGGAGCGACCCCAGGACGUGGCCACCGUCGCGGAGCUUCUCGGAUGCGACGCCAGGCGGCUGAGUGACGCCCUGGUGAGUCGGACCAUCGAGGCCCGCGACGACGUGGUGACGUCACCGCUGUCAAAGGAGCUGGCCAUGUGCGCGAGGGACGCGCUCGCCAAAGCCAUCUAUGACCGCCUCUUCUCCUGGCUCGUGGGCAGGCUGAACCGGAGCCUCCAGCCGCCCAGCAACCAGAAGAGCGUCGUCAUGGGCAUCUUGGACAUCUAUGGCUUCGAGGUGUUCCAGAAAAAUGGCUUCGAACAGUUCUGCAUCAACUUCUGCAACGAGAAGCUGCAGCAGGUGUUCGUCGAGCUGACGCUCAAGUCGGAGCAGGCCGAGUACCUGGCCGAGGGCAUCGAGUGGGAGCACGUCAAGUACUUCGACAACAAGGUGAUUUGCGAGCUGAUCGAGGCCAAGCACCGCGGCGUGAUCGCGCUCCUGGACGAGGAGUGCCUGCGGCCGGGCGAGCCCACCGACCUCAGCCUGCUGGCCAAGCUCAACGAGCACCUGGGCGCCAACCCGUACUACGUGAGCCACCAGAAGGCCGUCAGGGACAAGAAGAAGUCCAUGGUCCGCGAGGAGUUCCGCCUCGUGCACUACGCGGGCGACGUCACCUACGCCGUCGAGGGCUUCCUCGAGAGGAACAACGACCUCCUGUUCCGUGACCUGCGCGAGGUCAUGGCGCACUCGUCCAACUCUGUCACCAAGACCACAUUCCCCGUGUCCGAGCUCAACACGCGCAAGCGGCCCGAGACCGCCGUGACGCAGUUCAAGAACAGCCUGAACCGCCUGAUGGACAUCCUCAUGUGCAAGGAGCCGUCGUACAUUCGCUGCAUCAAGCCCAACGACUUCCAGUCGCCGGACGUGUUCGACGAGGAGGUCGUCAGCCACCAGGUUAAGUACCUUGGGCUGAUGGAGAACCUCCGGGUGCGGCGCGCCGGCUUUGCGUACCGCCGCCCGUACGAGGCGUUCCUCGAGCGCUACAAGAGCCUCUGCCCGUCGACCUGGCCCAACUACCGCGGCCCCGCCAAGCAGGGCGUCAGCGAGUUAGUGCAGCACCUCAACUACCAGGCCGACGACUACCGCCUCGGCAACACCAAGCUGUUCAUCCGCUGGCCGCGCACCCUGUUCCGGACGGAGGACGCCUUCCAGCAGCACAAGCACCACAUCGCGGCCAUCAUCCAGAAGGUGUGGAAGGGCCGCCAGCAGCGGAAGCGCUACCUGCGCAUGCGCGAGGCGGCCAUCCAGAUGCAGGCGCUGGCCAGGGGCUUCCUCGCGCGCCGCCGGGCGGACCGGCGCCGCCAGGCGGCCACCACCCUGCGCAACUUCAUCGAGGGCUUCAUCACCCGCAACGGGCCGCCCACCGACCUCAACAGGCGCUUCAUCAUCCUCUCCAAGGCCGAGUACCUGAUGCGGCUGUCGAAGAAGCUGCCCCAGUCCGUGCUGGACAAGUCCUGGCCGCCGGCGCCGCACCACUGCGCCGAGACAUCCGAGCUCCUGCACACGAUGCACACCUCGUGGCUCGCCCGAAAGUACUGCCUGGGUCUCGCCGCGGCGCGCAAGAGGCAGCUGCAGCUCAAGGUGCAGGCAGAGGAGCUGUUCAAGGGUAAAAAGAAGAGCUACUCGCGGAGCGUGGGUCCAGCCUUCGUGGAGGACAGGCUCAACGAGGAGCAGCGAGCCAUGCUGCCUUCCUUCAGGAACACCACCUCGGAGAAGAUCAGGUACUGCUGCCCCGUGACCAAGUAUGACCGCCACGGCUACAAGCCCCGCGACCGCGCCCUGCUGGUGACGGACGACGCGCUCUACCUCCUGGAGGGCCGCACCUUCAAGCUGAAGCACCGCCUCGCCUUCGAUUCGCUGCAGGAGAUCUCUGUCACGGCGGAGGGUGACUCGAUCCUGUUGCUGCGCAUCCCCGCCGACCUCAAGAAGGAUAAGGGCGACUUGAUCCUUGAGGUGCCACACUUAAUCGAGGCCGUCACCUUCAUAGUAGACUCAGCACGGAAACCUCAGAUGCUGAAUAUUGUAGGCUCUGGAACCAUAUCUCACACAUACAGUGGUGGCAGGCAGGGUACCAUUGACAUUACAACAGGUCCGAGUCCAGCAAUAUCCAAAAGCAAGCAGGGCCAUCUUAUUGUUGUUGGUUAGGUUCUUCACCUCAUUACGUAAUAUCAGGCCCAAGUUUUAUUCAAUGCCAUUCUACAGUGGGGAAGUGGUUUUGUUCAUACAGUAUGUAUAUUACAUAUACCUGUGACAUAUUUGUAUGCAUCCGUGACUUAAGUAGUUAUAAUUUAUGUGCGUAUGUGUGUUUCUGAGAGUGUGUUUGUAUAUUGCUGUGUAUUAGCUUUAUACCUUCCUACAAACUUUAAUAAUUUUGUUGGGCUGGAUCCCCAAAGUUAAAUUAUGUGAAUAUGAAAUCUUGUCUUGAUGCCUAAGAGACAUUCUGUCAAGCACAUUUGCUACUAAUGCCAUGUUUAUGCAUUCUAAGUGGGACCACAUAGGAUGAAUGAAUUUAUGUAAAUGACAUUAACAGUCUGUGAUUUUUUUUCUGCUUGGCAGAAGUAUUUUUAAGGUAAAGCACUAUUGUACCAGUUUGUGUCAUUCCGAGAUGUUCUGAAGAUGUUACAUCCUGUCUUCGUGAAAGAAAAGUCUUCCGUACUUAUUUUAUGUCUUCUGUGCUUGGUCAGCUGAAUCAGCUGAAUGUAUCAUUUUCACGAAAGUUUUUUUGUGAGAUGAUAAAAUCAGUAUUGAGUGUCCUAUUAAAAACUUAGACAGGCAGCUUUUGGUGCUACCUUUCCCCUCUUUAUUUUUUGUGAUUUUUUUUGUAGCUAGGUACUGUUAUUUUAAUGCAUUUCUGUUCAAUUGUUUUAUUCU